AGUGGCUUCACCUCCAAGGUGAACUAGGAUUUGAGUUCGGAGUUCUUCCUUCCGAAUGUCAGAUGGAUAUGAGAGAUCAAACUGUCGGGCUAUGUACUUUAAAUCAUUCUUUGUCACUUUGGCAGUUUGUAGCUCCGCCACAGAAGGAUUACUGCAAAAUGCGUCCAAGUUUAACUCAUGCGACAUGAUUAAUGAGCGUGAGGUCAAUUGAACCAAAUCAAGUGUGUCUGAGCCCUACACUGAAACCUGAUCCAAGACCUAGGUUCGCCACCACGAGUCGGAAGGACCCGCGUGAACGACAGGUUCGAAACCACGAGUCGGAGGGAAAUGAGUUGACCCGCGUGCAUCGACAGAGACUCGUUUUUGAGUCUAGUUGAGUCAAGGUUAGCAACGCCUUAACUGUGCUUCUGAAGAGGCAAUGAAUCGAAGAAGUGUAGCGAUAAUCACUGCCCCAAAAUGACUACCAUAGAACUAACACUUAAGCACUUGUAAUGGCUUGCCGUAUUCGCUGCUUUCAAGCAAAGAGUGGAACGCAAGUUCCCAAGUUUUAAGGAGUCUCGGAGUUUGGGGUGAAGGUCACUACUAGGGGAAUCAAACCAACACUAAAGCAACACUGAGGAAAUCAAUUGUUAGGUUUUUAACGCUUUUAUGACUAGACGCCGGUACCUCGCGUACUUUUAAAGCGGAAAAACGCAAAAAUUCACCAACAAAGAAAUAAGCACAACUUCAUAUACACUCGAGAGCAGGAAAGGAACUAGUGUAGUUAUAUGUAUGUGUAAACAUGUGUAAUAUCCCGGACGGGCCCCCAAUUGUUACGUGUGAGCAUACACUGAACUGUAGGGGAUGGACCAUGAAGGGGUGUUGCUCACACUAACAAUGGAAGGGUUAAAAGAAAAGAGAAAAGGAGACAUUUUAACUGCUAUUUAAUAUCUUAAAGUUAACCCUUAAAUUAAGUAACAAUACAAAAUUGAAGAUUAUUUAAGUAAGUAAAAGUAAGUAACAAGGAGUGGCAAUCUGAACUGGACUGAAUAACUUAAAAGACUGGUUCAGUUAAUAACUUAAGCCAAGUUAGUAAAUGCAUAUAGAUACAAAUUACAAAAAUAAACACCUUUACAUAUACAUAAUAGAAAAUAAAUAUAAAUGUGUUUGUGUGUGUGUGUGUGUGUGUGUGUUUAUGUGUGUGUGUGUGGGUGUGUAACACUGGUGUAACUCUUACCACCGCUCUCGAGUGUACAUGAGGCUCCCAGCGUAUGCCAAGGCGACCUCAGAGCUGUAGCGACCCUUGGAGGAGACUGAAGCUCGAUGGAACUCCACCCCUCGUUAUCGGCUUGGUAGCCUGCUAGAGGUCACGUAUCCAGUAUGCCUCAAGCUAUACACGUGGCAGCGCCACGGGUUGAGAGGUAGGCACCUGGUUCCGUGGUAGAGUAGUCACGUGUGUGACACCAUUCUCCCAGAUGGAGUAGUUCAUGAGGGACAUGGAGAGGAAGUUCAAGAGAGACAUUGAGGACAUCCUAGGAACCUUUGCCAAGAAUGUGGGGUUCCUUGACAUUGACAUCUGUGGGCCGUCUCAGCCGCGGGUGUUGGGGACAGCAGAGGAGAAGGUCCACUCUUCAGGUGUUGGCUGGUCCCCUGUGUAUGUGUCUGACAAUCUGGCUGUCAUGUCCGUUGGGUUCCUGUUCAACAGUGCAGAUGACGCUGUCAUCUGGAAGGGACCCAAGAAAGAUGGAAGUGGCUCUGCUGGAUGUGAGGAAGGAAAUCACAUUCUGCAGGAAAGUGAACAUUCCCAUCAUUGGCCUGGUGGAGGACAUGACCACCUUUGUGUGCCCCAAGUGUAAGACCAAGACGGCCGUCUUCCCUGCCACUACUGGAUGUGACCCCCAGCUGGCAGAGGAUACUGAGAUGCCACUGCUUGGCCAGCUGCCGCUGGACCCCCGGGUGGCCCAGGCGUGUGAUGAAGGCACCAACAUUCCAACACAAGAGCCAGAUGCUGCUGUCACUCAGGCAUACAAAGACAUUGCAAAUAAAAUCAAGGAGUACUGUGACGCACAGUCCCAAGAAGCCACUUGACCUGCAGCGGUAGCAGCAGCAGCAGCAGCAGUCAUCACCACACUAACCAACACAUUCUACAGAAAAGUCUUGUCAUUCAUGCAGAGGUUUAUUUUACAUUUACUUCUUAAAUCCAUAUUAUUAACAUCA